AUGUCGGCCGCGCCGCCCGACCUCGCCGCCCUCUCGCGCGCGCAGCUGCACAGCCUGCUCAGCAGCCCCAACGACGACGCCUUUCUCGCCUGGGCCCGCUCGCUGCCCGCGCUGCAGCAGCUCGCCGCCGACGAGGCCGCGCUGCGCGCCGAGGCCGAGAGCAAGGCUGCGCAGAACCUGGCCCUCGCACCGCCGCUCGAGGCGCUGCGCGAGGAGACGACGGCGCUGUACGAGCGCGCCCGGCGACUGGAGGGCGAGUGGGCCGCCGGCGAGGCGGGCAUGCGCGAGGCAUACAAGCGCUUCGCGCCCUCCUCGCUCCACGCCUCGCUGGCGCAGUCCGUGGCGCAGCUGCACGACGACUCGGAGCGCAUGGCCUCGGCCUACGUCGAGGGCCUGCCGCUGGGCAUUGCGAGCGACGCCUCGCCCGGCGCCACGCCCGGCACCGGCACGCCGACGAACGGCGUCGCCACGCCGCCGCAGCUCGCCGCGGCCGACGACUUUGUGCGCCGCUACCGGGCGCUGCGCGGCACGUACCACCGCCGCAACAUUCUUCUCGAGCGCCUGGCGCGCGGCAGCGUCACCUGGCGCGACGAGUGA